UAGUUAUGAGCUAGCUUUACUUUCGCGUCCCUUGAGGAUGAAAUUCCCACAUGUAACCAUAUAUAAGAUUAUCAAGCCUCCUGUGGCGAACAUGGAAGAAAUAUUGGGGAAUAUGGUUCCUGACUAUAGGCCAACAUUCCAUUGCUUUCAAAAUGGUGAAAAGGUAUUUGAGGUUGAUUUAUACGAAUUGCGCAUUGCUUUUGAACAGCUCUACAGUUAUGUCGUCCCAGUCGGAACCACUCAACCUACGGGUUCAUCUGGGAUGGAGGAAAGGAGAGCUGAACAACUUGUCAUACAAGCUAAGAAAGAAGAGAAUGACAAAGAAGUUGCAGGAGGGUUCAAAUUGGGAAGUGGGAGGGCAUUAUCGCAACGGAAAGGUGCUGCGACCUUGUCACAACAGAGAGGUGGCCUUGUUGAGGCAGUUGAGAGUAGUACUGCACCUUCACUUCAUGAUGUGAUGCAGGCUGUUGAAUCUUUACCUGGAGGACGUUCUGAUAGUCUUUGUGGUGGUAUGCAAGAGGGGUGUUUAAAGGUCAGCCUAAGAAGAGAGUGAUGUUUUCUAACAUACAGGGUCUUUACUUCAAGGUUGCUUGGCUUCUUCGUGAAAUUGCUAAGGAAUAAGUUGGAUGGAUUCACUUCAGUUAUGAAAAUGCUGUUGACAUUAUUGCUUGGAUUUGGUUGACAUUAUUGCUUGCAUUUGGUUGACAUUAUGGUUUGGUCUUCUUGACAU